ACAUCCGGCGUCGUCGGCUGUACAGCCAUAUGCAAAGGACAUGCGCAAAUACAGGCUUUUCGCCUCUUCUCGGGAAAACAUCGGCCACUGCGAUGCUUUCGCCGGACUACCAAGUGCGCUUGGGUGGUGUCCGUAACGGCGCGCGCUUCUUUGACAUUCAGCGUCGCGGGUAUCUAUUGAAUUUCAAGUGCAACACAGCCACGAUCGCUGGAACUAUACCGAGGGAGAAAAAAAUAUUAGCUUAUAAAUAUAAAUAAAGAGUGUGUGUAGCGGUGCGGUGCUCGCGCAGUGAGCGAGUGUACGAGGAAAGUUGUUAAGUCACGCGUGUGGAGCGCGAGCAGUUAAGACCUUUCGGGGAAACGCGUUGUGUUUAAAUCGGAAAUAUAUUUACUGUCUGAUAUGAAAAUUCAAGAACUGUUUCUAUAAAACGGUUCUUUUUCGUGCAAACUCCUAGUUAAAGUUGGCUGACUCGCCUUGAUAAGCCUCUCACUCAGGCGAACAGCGAAAAUCCGAUUUCCCGGUGCAGCACGAGCUUAUGUGCAUUACCCAAGCCAUUAAUCUUCCUCGAAAAGAAGAAAACGGCUGUGAGGGAAAUAGUUGAUCGCGGAAGAGAAGUUUUUCUGUCUCAGAUCCAGACACGUGUUCGGAGUCAAGACAUUGACCGCAGGUGGACAGCUCACGUUUUAUGCGCUCGGGGAGAGCGUUAUUGGGUCAAAGAGCCAAAGAAAAUAUGCGAUUUUUUUCGAGCGAACAUAGCACGGUUAGAACGAUGUUUACGAGCCGAUAUCGGGUUCGUUCUGAUAAGGCUCUCGAUAUUUCCAACGUUCGGAACCUUGACGGAAGCAAUAGGAGUCGAGAAAUCUGACUUUAUCGUAAUUUCUCGUUCGGAUUCGUGAGUCACGCUUCCUAUCCGCGAAUAAGUAUAACCAAAACUUACCUCCACGACAAUUCGGACACCUCAAGUACACGCGUGGUCUCACCGUUUCGUAUAAUUGCUCGUCAGUCGUCGAUCGGACCGCAGACCGUCGACUUCCCGAUUACUGAAAUGAAAAAAAAAUGCUUGGUUCAUGCAAAUAUAUAGAAACCUCAUGGAAAACGCAGCAAUUCGUCAAUCCUCCCCGUGAAAUAGCCUCAGCUUCCGUAAACACGUCCUUCUGACGCAACAAUCUCGGUAUUAAAUAUUAUGUCAGCCGCGAGCGCAACAGCUAUAUGAACCGGCGCGAUUCAACGCGCGACGAUAAUAAUUCUUCGGCGCACGAUCAGCGAGUCCGUCAGCGAGUCCAGCAGCGACUGCGGACGUGCAUUUUGAAUUUUAAGAGGUCCUCCUUGUUUAACGUCAGUGAGCCCCUUCCUUCAACGUCUCUCAGCUUGAUUGAGGAUUUUUCGCUCUUGCGGCUGCUACUGAUAGGAAAAAAAUCGAGUACAGUUUUGCGAUGCUAAUUUAAUCAACGAGGGUGAAAAUGAGAUGAGUCGAGAACAAAGUGGCGCAAGUAUGCAGUCACGUGAUAGACGAUUGCACUCUGGGAGAAAACUACUGGUGUUCGUCGGAGAGUAAUGCAAAGAAAUGUGAGAAAAUGGAUGUAUGCUUUCCACCUACUGAUAAAAACGACUACAUAAAAAUGAAGCCCAUAGCUGAGGUGCCACCUGAUCCUGAAAAUAUAUCAGAGGGUAUCAAGCACAAUCCUUUCGGAGGCUACAUUGGAUGACAGAAUAGUUUUGAAAAAUACUCUCCUGAUUUACAAUUGCUUACGAUUACGUUUUUUUUUUUUUUUAUAAAAUAAUGCAACAAAUUUUCGUAUCGAUUUUGGAUCAGUAAAGAGAUAAGUUAAUUAAAAAGACAACCGCAUCAAAUUCAGAACCUCCCAACGUCUCCAUAAAGCAAUUCGCCAUUAUCACAAGAUCGAGUCUCGAUACGAUAACGUCACGCUCCUCCCGCAAGCAUCGCACACUCCCGUCACGUUAUAAUUCCAAUUUUAGCACUCAUAAAGCCCUCUCUCAGCCUUCGAAGCCAGACUACAGUGUUGCACACUUAUCAGAUCGUCAGUGCAGCCGCCGACUCAGGAGCCGAAUCCUCGUGCAGGUAUACGACUGCAUAGUCUCGAAAAUGAGAUUCAUUGAAUUCAGCCGUAUACCGAUCGUCCAUUCGACUCACGUGCGCUCGUGCGUUAUACGCGCGCACGCCGCGUCUGAUGGACGCUCGAGGAAGGGAUGUGUGUACACACGGCUCUCUGUGCAUCCGAUUUUUCGCCGUCCUUAGCGUAUAAAAGCAAUUGCCGAUCCGACCGGCAGAACAAGUCUCAUCGCGACUCUCGUACGGGGUGAACGCUAUAGGAGUGUGAUUAUUGUUCGUGUUUUUCGUUUCGAGGCUUUGUUGCAGCUUUUGAAGAUGGUUUCCAAGUUUGCGAUAAUCGCUUUGGCGGUGGCGACUCUGGCUGUGCUGGAGACCGAGGCUAGAGCUGUCCCGGUUCCGGCUGCUGAACCAAUGCCAAUGGUGGUGGACGUCUUUGGCUCUCCUCUCCUCUUCGCCCGUGACAAGCGGGCAUCAGCCUACCGGACCUACCCGCAGCGUACGAUGAUGUUCACCGGUUUCUACCGGCCCACUCGUCACUCCGAGGAUGAUCAAGCCAGCGGAGUUUACGCUCAAGGCGGUUCCGUCGGCGGCGGCGCCUAUUUUGGCAAACAGCCCCAGUAUUUGAACCAGCACGACGGACCACAACCUGCCGAUGAGCCUGAAAUCGCCAGCGCCGACGCCGAGGCUUCACCUGCUGCGCCGGAGGACGACGGGCAAGAGGAGCCACAGGCGCAGGAACACGAGAGCGGCGAACAGCAACCGCAGGAAAAUCCGGACACCGAGGCCGAGAACCCGAUCUUUCACGACUCUUCCAAGCCUCAGAAGCCAGUCCAGAAGCAGCCGUCGAAAUCCAAGAAAGGCAAGCAAAUUCCAACCCCUUCCGAAGACGAGAGCGACGAGUACGACGCCGACGAGGACGACGAGCCGGUGUCGCCCUUCAGACCUGGCAAAGGCAAGCCCAACAAGCAGUACCCGAGCCUCAACAAUUUCUUCCCUAUGGUCUUCAGCUUCCCGAGAGGUACCGGUGGACGACGUGGCUCCUCGAGCGGCUCCGUCGACUCCAUUCCCGGGAUGAUCACUGCCAUCGCCAACAGCUUCUCGACUGGAAAAGGUGGCAUUGCCAGUUCCGUAGCCACUGCUUAUGGUGGCUCGUCUACGAAGAAGCCAAGGCGCCCGUCCCAGUCGCCAGCCCACUAAACAGAGACUUCAGUGAAUCAUAGGAAACCAUGCAUUGCAUACAUCAAUCAAGAUACAUUACGUUAAAAUCACUUAGCGUUUUACUUGAAGUAUUUAAAAAUUUUAGAGUAUAUAGUUUCGGAGAAUCGUUGCGCGAAUGAUGAAUAUGAAGUAUUAUAAAUAGUCUAUUUAUAAUUGAAUGUCAUCAUUAUUUAAAUAAUUAAUUUAAACGAACAUUAUGAAAAAUGUAUUUAAGAAUAUAUCUGAUUUGAAUAAAAUUAUUGUAUAAAAUUAUAA